AAAGCCAAACCUCUGUCGUCUCUCUCCGAUGCCGGCAAUGGCGUCUUCUCCUCCUCUCCUCCUUCUCCUCCUCCUCUUCUUCGUCUCCGUCUCCACCGCCCACCUCCACCGAUCGAUCCACAGAGUCUUCGAAAACUCCAUGAUCGAACCCUCCACCAUCCCCCCGUCCACCUUCUUCGAAGUCACGAAGCCCAUCUCCAUCCCCGAUUCCACUCCCUGCUCCACUCUUCUUCUCCAGCACGACUUCGCCUUCACCUACGGAAAGCCCCCUGUCACCGCUCCUUACUCCUUCCCCUCCCACUGUCCCCAAAACCCUCCCUCCAAGAUCGUCCUCGAGUGGACCGCCACCUCUCGCGGCCGUCAGUUCGAUCGCAUCUUUGGCGUUUGGCUCUCCGGCGUCGAGCUUCUCCGUAGCUGCACUGCCGAGCCUCGCCUUAAUGGUAUCAUAUGGACUGUGCGCAAGGACGUCACGCGGUACUCCUCCAUCUUUGCUCGUUCCUCCACUCUCGCCGUCUACCUCGGAAACCUCGUUGAUUCCACCUACACCGGCGUUUACCACGUGAACAUCUCCCUCCACUUCUACUACGACGGCAGCGAUCACUCCUCCGCCACACCUGGUUUCAACUCCCCCGCUGAUCUCAUUCUCCCCAUCUCGAGAAGCCUCCCGUUGAAUGAUGGCUUGUGGCUUCCCAUCCAGAACUCGACUGAUGCUCAAUCUAAGCAGGUACGCAUUCCAACCAACACCUACCGAGCAGUGCUUGAGGUUUUCGUCUCCUUCCAUUCUAAUGAUGAGUUCUGGUAUACUAAUCCGCCUAAUGAUUAUAUAACUGAAAAUAACAUCACUGGUAUGCCUGGGAAUGGAGCAUUUCGUGAAGUUGUGGUUUUUCUUGAUGAUAGUGUUAUUGGUGCUGUGUGGCCAUUCCCAGUGAUCUAUACUGGUGGGAUUAAUCCUCUUCUUUGGAGGCCUAUCACUGGUAUUGGCUCUUUUGAUCUUCCAUCUUAUGAUAUAGAGGUUACCCCUUUUCUGGGAAAGAUUUUAGAUGGAAAACUGCAUGAAUUUGGGUUCCGAGUCACUGAUGCUCUUGAUGUUUGGUUUGUGGAUGCAAAUUUGCAUCUUUGGUUGGAUGGGAAGAAUGACCAUGUUCAUGGGGAGGUUGUUGAGUAUAAAGCUCCGGCAUUGGAGCAGUCCUCUGUUUACAAGUUCAAGGGACUUGAUGGGAGUUUCAGGAGGAAUGCGAGGAGGGAGUUGUCGGCUACUGGGUGGGUUAAUUCAUCUUAUGGGAAGAUCUCUACACAUUUCUUUCAGAAACUUGAGUACGAGAAUUUGAUGGUGUUUGAUGGCAAUGGGAGUGUGCAGGUGAUCAACCAGACUACAGGUUCCCAUUUUGGAACUUAUGUCAGGCACCCAUCUUCUGGUCUUUAUUCAGAGCAAGUUUUUCAGGCCUUUCCUCUCUAUGUUUACACGGCAACUACUGAUCAAGUUAAUGAUAGUUACUCCCUGCUUGCGAAUUUAUCGCGAGGAUUCAAUGAGAAGAAGUUGUUGGGGGAGCGGGAUGGGUUAGUGUUUAGCUCAUUGUGGAACUUGCAGGAUUCUCAGGGUGAGAUGCGUGUGAAGGGGAACUUGGUAACUAGUGGUGUUGGAGGCAGUAAGCAAGUGUAUAGGUAUGAGAGUACUGGUGGUUGCUACUUCAGGAAUGUGAGCAGUUAUAAUUACACCUUGCUGAAUGAUGAAUCAGGGGCUUCUUGUGCUGCGAGCUCCCUGUUUGGCUCGGAGAAUUUAUUCACUAAAUUUCUGCCAUAUCCAACGAGGAGGGCAUCCUUGUCUUUAGAGUUGGGUGAUGCAGAGAAGGGAGAUUAAGUGAUGAAUUUGGUGUAUCCUUCAAAUGGUUAUUAGUUAAUAAACGAAGGUUCUGGAAAUUAUUAUCUAAUUAGUUAGAAUUGGCUUGUGUACGAGUUCAAUUGUAAACUUGUGGAGUUCAUCAUGGAAGCUAGUUUUUCUGUUGACUCCCCAUUUAGUUGUUCAUGAUUAAAAUUUUCGUCAUUCAGUAUCCUUAUUAUAUUCAAUA